GAUUUGUUUGAUUCAAAUUGACUCAAUUUAAACUUAAGUUAAGGUUACCCUAACUUAAAUUCGGUUUGAAUCUAAUUUGGUAAGUGGGGAGUGGGACAUAAUUCCCAAGUAGUCACAUUAUUUGUGAGUUAGUGUAUUAAAGGAAGAAGUUGCUUUUUCCGGAGUUUGCAUUGAAUUCCGCAUUUAAAGAAGUCCACAUUCAUUCCAGUUUGGGCAUAUAUACAGCUGAUUGUCACAACAAAUUUUACAGAGAUCGAAUUAGAAGCCACUAAGGGAGAGAAGAAGAAGGAAGAAGAAGAAGAAGAAGAAGAAAGAAGAAGAAGAAAAAGAGAUCGAUCAUGGAAUGGAGAAAGGUCUACUUGGAUCUCAUACUGGUUCCUCUAGGCUUCUCAAUAACCAUGGCUUAUCACGCUUGGUUAUGGCAUAAAAUCCGAACGCAACCUCUCACCACCACUAUUGGAACCAAUUCUAAAGGCAGGCGUUUCUGGGUUUCUGCAAUUAUGAAGGACAAUGACAAGAAGAACAUCCUGGCUGUUCAAACAAUACGAAACAUGAUAAUGGGAUCAACCCUAAUGGCAACAACAUCGAUACUCCUUUGCACGGGUUUAGCGGCAGUAAUAAGCAGCACAUAUUCUAUCAAGAAGCCCCUAAACGACGCCGUAUAUGGGGGUCAUGGAGAGUUCAUUUUGGCAUUAAAAUACGUGACCCUUCUCACCAUCUUCCUUUUCUCAUUUUUCUGCCACUCAUUGUCCAUCAGAUUCGUAAACCAAGUGAACAUCCUCAUCAACACGCCACCAGACCCACUGGCCAUAGUGACUCCUGAGUACGUGAGUGAACUGUUGGAGAAAGGCUUUCUUUUAAACACUGUUGGAAACAGACUGUUCUAUGCUGCAAUGCCUCUUCUGCUUUGGAUCUUUGGCCCGGUUUUGGUCUUCUUGUGCUCUGUAACAAUGGUCCCAGUGCUUUACAAUCUUGACGUCGUGUUGGGGAGUGGAAAAGGAAAGCUCGCUGUCGAUGAAUCAAAUAGGGAUUUUGAAUCUGUGUGAUAUUAUAUUUAUGUACUUGUACAAUCACAUGAACUCCUAGUGCAUGCCCAUGCAUGCAUGAAUGAAUGCUUUCACAUAUAUAAUAUUUCUCCAAAUUUGAGCCCAA